UCGCGCCAAACGAGAUUUAGACGUUUAGGCGAAUAAAAAUCGUGAGCAACAUGGAUCGUAAAAAAUUACGUAAAUUUUGAGGGUUUACGAGGACGUGCCGUUAAAGGGAUGGAUCCGGCCCGUCUCACAUAUCAUAACUUCAACCUCAUCCAUAAUCAAAUAGGAAAAAGGGAAUUAUGUUGAUUCUCCCAUCACCGCACUGUGAUAAAACCCGUUAUCAUACAGAGCCAGUGUUAUCUCUCUGACAAAAUGUUAAUCCGAAAGUGUAGAUAAGAAGAUAAAGACGUGGAACAGUGGGUGCGUGCGCGCGUGUAUAACCUCCCUUCGACUCCAAACAAAAUAACUCGUUCGCAGUGGCCCUGAAGAUGGGUGUGUUGUGGAGGAAACGUUCGUUCUUGUUGAAACUAAUAGUGAUCGUGGGGACGGCCUGGUUCACGAUAGCUUUCCUGCUGUACAGCGACGACCGGACCGCCAACAGGAUAGCGGUGCCGAUGGACAACGGCAACGACCAGCCGGAGCCGGCGCCGCGCGUGUUGCCCUUCAAGCGGGAGCCGGCGCCGCCGCUGAAGAGGGAGGAAGACAAGCCGGUACUGCUGCCACCAGUGAGCAACGCGGGGGAGAUGGGCAAGGCGGUGAUUCUGCCCUCCAAUUUGUCAGCCGAAGUGAAAAAACUGGUCGACGCCGGCUGGCAAAAGAACGCCUUCAACCAAUACGUCAGCGACAUGAUAAGCGUCCACCGGAGCUUACCGGAUCCCAGGGACGAAUGGUGCAAAGCCCCGAAUCGUUUCCUCGAAGACCUUCCACAAACCUCAGUGAUAAUCUGUUUCCACAACGAAGCCUGGUCCGUCCUGCUGAGGACGGUCCAUUCGGUCCUCGAUCGUUCACCUUCACAUCUCAUCAAGGAAAUCAUUCUGGUGGACGAUUUUUCGGACAUGGAGCAUCUGAAACAGCAGCUGGUGGAUUAUUUCAGCGACGAGCCCAGAGUGAAAAUAGUUCGUGCGAAAAAACGCGAAGGGUUGAUCAGGGCCAGACUGCUGGGUGCUACGCACGCCACGGGCGAAGUCCUCACCUACCUCGAUUCGCACUGCGAAUGCACCACGGGCUGGAUAGAGCCCUUGCUGGACCGCAUAGCCAGGGAUCCCACGACGGUCGUGUGCCCUGUCAUCGACGUGAUCGACGACACUACACUCGAGUACCAUUUUCAUGACAGCGGCGGCGUUAAUGUGGGCGGCUUCGAUUGGAAUCUCCAGUUCAAUUGGCACGCGGUGCCCGAUCAUGAGAAAAAAAGACACAAGAAUCCCGCCGAACCGGUGUACAGCCCGACCAUGGCAGGAGGUCUCUUUAGCAUAGAUAAGAAAUUCUUCGAAAAACUAGGAACGUACGACAACGGCUUCGACAUCUGGGGCGGCGAAAACCUCGAGCUCUCCUUCAAGACCUGGAUGUGCGGCGGCACCCUCGAAAUCGUCCCCUGCUCCCACGUGGGUCACAUCUUCCGGAAGCGUUCGCCGUACAAGUGGCGCAGCGGCGUCAACGUGUUGCGCCGGAACUCCGUACGUUUGGCGGAAGUCUGGCUAGACGAGUACUCGAAAUACUACUACCAGAGGAUAGGCAACGACAAAGGCGACUUCGGGGACAUCAGCUCCAGGAAGCGGCUGCGCGACAAUCUCGGCUGCAAGAGCUUCAAGUGGUACCUGGACACCAUCUACCCGGAGCUGUUCAUCCCCGGCGAGGCCGUGGCCAGCGGAGAGAUCCGCAACCUGGGCUACGGCGGCAAGACCUGCAUGGACUCCCCCGCCCGCAGGAGCGACCUCCACAAGCCCGUCGGCCUCUACCCUUGCCACCGACAAGGCGGAAAUCAGUUUUGGAUGUACAGCAAGGAAGGCGAGAUUCGACGCGACGAGGCCUGUUUAGAUUAUAGUGGGCAGGAGGUGAUUCUCUAUCCAUGUCACGGCAGCAGAGGCAACCAAUUUUGGGAUUACAACCCGAGUAGCAAACUUUUAAGACACGGUAGCAGCGAUAAAUGUUUAGCCAUAAACGAAGCGAAAAAUAAACUAUUAAUGGAGCAAUGCGACGGCGACUCCAGUAGACAACAAUGGUCGUUAGAAAACUACGACGCCAACAAAUUGUGAUUAUAUAGUUCAAUUUCUUGCUAGUGUGUGGCAAAAGACAUAUAUUUUUAUUUUUUAUAACUAUUUGAUACUUUAUUUCUUCCUCCUGUGUUAUGAGGUGUACAAAGUUAUUGUAUAAAAGAUGUGGAUUUGUUUAGUGCGGUUUUACAGUUUUAUAAUGAAAUGUCUAUUAAAGCAACUCGAGUAGAAUGUAGUUUCGAUUUUUAUCAUAACGAUAGAGACUGUGUCUAUGUAAAAUAUCAGAAUUCCAUAACUUAUACAUAUCCAAUUGUUUUAGUGCUCAAUUUUAUUAAUAUUAUUGUUACAUUCCGUUAAGCCGUGCUUAAGUAAAAAAUUUAAGACUGUAAAUAAACUGUUAACAUAUCUUAAAACAUUAUCACAUUCUUUAGAGCGGCCUCUGUAUAUACAAAAUUGUACUUAAUUUCGGGCCCGAGCGCCCAUGGACGUUUUAGUUAAUUUCAAAGGAAAACUAUCAUCAUGUGAUAAUAUUAGUCUUUUAAGUAACGCAUCACCCAUUAUUUUUAUGUAAAUAUUGGUAUUCUUUAUUUGCUCAAUUUUCGUUCCCUUUUUGUGUCAAUUAUUAUUCUUAAAGGGCCAUAAAACAACGUUGUGUAUAUAAACCCGCGUUAUUGAACGACAGUAUUUUAUUAAUCUUUUUUGUCACUUAUGAUUUCAAUUCAAUUAUUCAUCAGAUUUUUACGUGGAUAACAUAACAAUGUACUUAAUAUUAAAUUCAAUUAUUGUACUAGAAUGUAAAUGUAGGCCAGUGUAUGUAUUUUUAUAACGUGCCUUAAUUUU